AUGCACGACUGCCAAACCCUCAAAGAUCUGGCCAGGGGCCACGGCGACGGUAGCCUGUAUCCUGAGUAUAUGACCGUCGCGUCUGCGGUCAUUGCCGUUUCAGCCUGUGCACGGAGUUGGACGCUGCGUGCGCCAGCGCCGCGGCGGCUUGGGCGGGACGCAGUUGGUGGUGAUGACGAUGCCGAUGACGAUGGUGAUGAUGAUGAUGAUGAUGCCGGUGCCGAAAAUGACGAGGAAGUAAGAGAUGAUAGUGUGAUACCUGCCCAUAGCAUACGUGCGCCUCUUGUGGGGAUUUUGUAA